AUGUUUAAAGCUUUCUGUGCGAGUGGAACUGAUACACAAGCACACAGUUCAAAUCUCACUGCAACUUCUUCACUGUUUCAGUGUGCUUCAAAGAAAUCUAUUGAGAAACUGAUAUUCCCGGAGAUUAAAGGUUAUAGCAUGACUUUACAUUCCAGAGAACAAAAACAUUCCAGAGAACACAAAGCAGACAAAGAAUGCAAAAAAUGUUUACCUGUAAAAGUGCGGAAAUUAACUGUUGAUGAGGAAGUGUAUUAUGAGUGCCGCCGUGAUUCCUCGGAUCAAUGA